AUGAGCAACAACAGCUCGUCCUCAUCGCAAGUUGCCCCUCCGCACGGACACCGAUUCCACCACAACCGGUGCGCCCGAACGCCAACGUCGGAACGAUCCAAAUCACAACUGUCACGCGAGGCCUCGGAGCAAUCCUUGCCCCCCAUGUCAACCUUCCUGCAGGAGCGACUAGAACGGGAGCGCAAGGUCGAGAGCGAGCGCUCAUUAAGCCGGGCGAGCAACGAGGCCAUGAGUGCCUCAGCAGACCUCAGAGCCGUGCAGAGCUCACCCGCCAGAAACAACCCCCCCGAAACCCGGCGGCCUGGGUCGAGUAAUGGCCCCGCAGAGCCUUCCAAGAAGAAGGGCCUCGGGCUCAAGGAGAUGGAACAGACUCUCUCGACGCUACACAAGCAGAACUUCGACCUCAAGCUCGAGCUAUUCCAUCGGCGCGAGAGGCAGAAUGUUCUUGAGGAGCGCGUCGAGAGGCUCGAGACGAUGGAGAGGGAGAAGGCGCAGACCGACGAGAUGAACGACCAAUUGAUACAGGAGCUGGAGAAGCGAGACAAGGCAGUCGAAGAGGCGGUUGCCAUGAUCGUGGUUCUCGAGGCGCGGGUAGAGCAGCUGCUGCGAGAGCGCGAGAUGGUUAGGCAGGUCGAACAGGACGGGCUGUUCUACACGCGGGCAAGCACACCGGUCUCCACCGCCGCACCCUCUAAGUCGAAGAUGCUCGACUUGCCCAACAGUACUAAGGCCCUCAACCGGAUGCCGAGUUUUCUUUCCGACUUCAGCGAGAACACCGAGAACCUGCGCAAUGUCUAUCUUGGCGUGCGUGGAAGCGUACUCAGUCUGCCGCGGAUGACCGAGGACUCGCACGAGGCGGAGCGCGCUGCCCAUAACGGGGUCAGCAGCCCGACCUUGAGUGUUCUCAGCGAGAGCUCGUUCUUGAGCGUGUACGGCCAGAAGAGGCUGGAUGGUAGGUCGUCGCCUCCGCCAGACAGCCCGCCGUCCCUGGACGGUGCCGCUGCGAACCAGCCAACGGUGAUGCCCGGGUCUCCGGCAAUGUCCGCCUCCGCGACGCCAACAAAGCCACGUCGCCAAUCUUCCUCUCGGAGCGCCUCCAGCGGGCUGACCCCAUUCCAGAAUAUUAGCGAUAUCCUGGACAUGGGCGGAUCGCCUCUCCAGCGGCUGGAGAAGCUCGAGCUGACGCUGAACGCGAUGCGCGAGCAAUCGAGACCAUCCACCUCGAAUCCAGAAAAGGACCAGACUCUUUCGGCUCCUGCCCCCCCAAUUCACACGCAGCCCAAAACGAAGCAAGAGAAGCGAGAAGCCUUGCAGAAGGUGCUCACGCAGGGCCACUUGCGCCGGGAACUACACGGGCUACCGCCGACCCCGGACACGAUCUCAACUUCGACGCUGCGCCGCUACCAAAAUUCGGAUGACACUUUGGCAAAGGACCGAAACCUAGUUUAUGAGCGCAGCUACCUCGCCCUUUCGGAGACGACUGCCUCGCAAAGCUCUUUUAGCGAGGGUGGUGGUCAACAAGAUUCGCACAACCCGACUCCACAGUCUGGGACGAUUCCCACCUUUGACAAUCUCAAGCACCUUCCUAACAACGGAGGUCCCUUUGACAGCCACUUUGCCAUGUCUCAGCUCCAACGGCCCCGUUCCGCUAGCGAAACUACAGUGUCGUACCGGCCGGGUAAGAACGGCUGGGACAGCGACAGCUCGGACGAGUUUGUAGAUGGGAUGGAGUCCGUAGUCAGCUUCGACCCCUGGAUGCGGGAGAGCAUGAAACCCAACCAAGCGGGUGCGUUGGACCCAAUGAGCUCAGUGUCCCAGGCUGGCCCGAACAAGAACGGGGGCCGCAUAUCACCCGACCUCUUCUCCUUUCCGAUCAGCACCGACGGCUGGGCCACACACGCUAUGUUCGGUACGCUUGGUGGAGCCGGCUACGUAGGUGCCGGUGGCCAGAGCACUUCUCCCACGCCGAUGGCAGAUGCACUGGAUGCCCUCGGCGAGUCGUUGCCGGCGCCACUGUUUGGCUCUGGUAUUAUGGCCCCGGCCCUUGCGGGCAAUGCCCCCCCGCCGCCUCCCAACAGGCGCUCCAGCCUACAUGCAAAGACUGGAUCGACUUCUGCAUUGGUCAUAACGUCUGGUACCGGCAGCAUCCCGCCAUCGCCUGCACGACCGUCGCCGAUGAGCUCAAAGGUCAAGAAGAGUCCAGCCCGGGGUAGCAGAACCCGCAGUAACAGCAUCGACGCGCGACCGCAUUCUGCUCAACCAGACUUGACAGAAGCAGGUCUGAGGCAGAGCCGGGCUAAGACGGUCCCACCGAAACAGCUGCAUUUGCCUCCACCGCAGCCGCAGGAGCCGCAGGAGAAGUCCCCAUCGCAGACCAUUCCGAAGCAGCGGCACUACCCCCCGACAGCGAGCCAAGCGCCUCGCACCCGGGGAUUUAACAACCUCUUCCGGCGCUCGACCGGAUCGGCAGAGCAACACCAGCUCGCUGCGCCCUCCAGUGCUGCGGCCACCGAGACGUCGUUUAGCAACGUCCCGGCCCCGAUGAUGGGUGCCCCGUCGUGGGGCAAGCGGACCUCUCUUGUAGACGACGAGCGAGCCAGCGCAACGCCGCCUCCGAUCCUCAGGAAUAAGGGUCCUGGGCGAUACGAAAACGACGACGGCGGUGUGCCUCUGGACUCCCCGGGCGGCGGCGGGGUGCUAAUAGGAAACAUUCCCGGGUCAGCGGCGCAGGGUCCCGGCUCCGCAGAAAAUGGGGUGGCCCUAGGUGUCAAUGGCUCCGUCCCCGCUGGCGGAGGCGGCAAGCGCAAGUGGCUGGGUCUUGGCCGGGUGGGUAGCCUGCGCAACCGUGGGGCCUAG